AUGUUGCCUUUUGCCGACAGGGAGUUGCAGGUCAGUCGGCGCGACCGCAUGAGCUCACGGUCGGCGCAGCCCAGCGGCGACACCGGCCCGGCCGAGGAGCACGUCGCGGCCCGACCGGCCUGGCUCCAGCGCUAUCGGCGGCUGGUCGGCUCGCCGAAGUUCUGGAUCAGCUUUUCUGCGGCCACUUGGGGCUUCUUGACCAGCGUCGAGCGCUCUGUGAUCCUUUCCACGCUCUUUCUUUACUUCAAGACCUACUGGAACGCCGAGGCGGCGCAGAACUUCUACGGCGCCACCAUGAGUGCCUUCAGCCUGGCCAUUCUCAUCAUGACGCCGGUGUUCGGCCUCCUGGCACACGCCGGCCUGCGAGUCAAGGUGAUCCUGCUCCUCUCCGAUCAACUCGAGAUUGUCGGCAACCUGCUCUACCUGAUCGGCACCUCGCCCUGGCUAGUGCUUUUGGGUCGCUUCAUCUCCGGCGCUGGCGCCAGUUGCGAGCCGCCGUUGUACGCGGACAUCGCGAGAGUGACCAGUCUGGAGGAGCGUACGCCCAUAAUUGUCACAAUUCUCGUCUCUCGCCAGUGCGGCCUGAUGUUUGGUCCGGCAUUCACGUUGAUAUUGCACAACAUGAACGUCACCAUUGCCGGAUUCAGCCUCAGCGUCUACAAUGGGCCCGGUCUCCUCAUGGCCGGACUCUGGAUACUGCACACCUUGGUAGUUCUGCUCACCUACCCGAACAUUGACGAUGUGGGCCGAGUGAUAGACUCGAGCCUGAACAAACUCACCUCAAGAGACUUGCAGAACUGCUGCUCCUGCUAUCAGACCUGCCCCCAGGCCGCCGGCAGCUCCUCCUACAAUGAGACUGGCUCUCUGCAGUUGUCCGACUGUGCAGAAGACACUCACCUCAUUCCUCCCAGCGACGAGACGACCGGAGGGCAGAGCAACUAUUGUCGCUGUGGCCUGGCCUCGUUGCGGCCAUACUCGGCCUACAACCUGGUCACGAUGUACGCUGUCAGCUUUGCCGUCUACUUCUGUUUUAUGAGUCUGGAGGCGGUGUUGCCGCCUGUGGCGAACCGCUACUUUGACUGGAAUGAGGUCGAGGUUAGCUACGUGUACCUAGGAGCCGGUGGCCUUGUCCUCGUCUUCUGUGCCGUCCUGCAUUUUCUCACCCAAUGCUGCUCUGACCGUAGCCUUGUCCUCGCCGGCUGUGCCACCCUCGUCGUCUCCUACAUAUGGCUGGCCGUCUGCUGCGCAACACUCACCACAGCGCCAUUGAGCACAGCGAUUCCACUUACUAUGAUCGGCAUUGCCAUCCACGUGGCUGGUAUGCCCUUGGCGACGGCCUGCUCAGAAUCACUCUACAGCAAGUUGGUCAAAGUGGUCGACAUGAACCGUGCCCAAGCGAUCCUGCGUACUGUCAUCAAUGUUGCCUUUCUGUUGGGCCCAUUUUUCGGCGGAACCCUGCACUACAUUGCACUGUGGGUCUUUACUGUGAUGGCAAUCAUGAUGUCGAUUCCAGUCUUAUUGUUGGCUCUUCGUUUUAACGACUUUCUGGUGGUGCCCGUCAGUCCCACCAGCUCGGCUAGCUCAUUUCCAAGAGAUCCGGAGCAUUCGGACGCAGAAAUUGGAUCGGAGAAUCCACCAUAA